GUGUAGUGUAACGUCAUGGUUUAUAUUGUAAUGAAGGCUCACAGUAAGAUGAAUCUUUAUUACAGUGUGAUAGAACAGCUGGGAGGAAAACACCUGGUUAUGCAGCUUCUGACUCAUGAAGAUCCAAAUGUUCGUUACGAAGCUCUCUUGUGUGUUCAGAAACUGAUGGUACAUAACUGGGAAUAUUUGGGACGGCAGCUGGAAAAAGAGAAAACUGGAAGUGAAUCAAAUUCUGCUGUAUCCACUAAAGCCUGAAGUUUGUUUGAUGAAAGACACUUCAAAUUCCACGUUAUUUUUAAAAUUCCUGAACCAAGUUAUCUUGAAACAGCAAUAUAGGGAUCUGAUAAUUCACUGAUGUAAAGAAAAGUAUUUAUUAUUUGAGAAUAGUGCUAUCAGUGUAGGAAUGUUUUUUUUUAUUGUAUAUAUAUAUAAUAUUGAUUACUUAGUAAAAUUGUAAUGAUUGUCCUUGCUAAUGUUCUUUGUAGAGAUCUGAAAUGCAAAACAAAAUGUCAUUCGUUUCUCUAUUAGUAUUUCAUCUAAUUGGGGAAAAAUUUAAUGUAUGUAUAUGUGUGGGUAUUCAUCAUUGAAUCUUACAAACCCUUUGAAAGUUAUUCAUAUUUAACUAGUAUUUUCUGAGCUGUCCCUUUAAUUAUCGUAUGCUACUAUAGAUCUUAACCAUAAUGUUACCUGUAAUAGUAAUUAACAUGUAUGAAUCUUGCUAUGAGGUAUGUACCUGUAAAGUUUGGUGAGAAAUUUGAUGUUGUGUUAAAAGAGUAAGUGGACAUUCCAGUCAGAGAUUAUCUUGGAUUUUGUGAUUUACACAGCAUUGAAUAAAUGCUGUAUAUGUAAAUUUACAUUCCCCCAGCUAGUAGCUAUAAAACUAUGAAUGAUUUGUUGUUUUCAUACGUUUUACUGCAUUACUGUUGAUGCACUUCUUCCAGUGCAUAUCUCAAAAAUAACUGUAGUUUGUUCAGCAGACAGCUCAGUUUGUUUUUGAAAAUUGUGUUUCAGUACUGUCGUAUUUUCAAUUAUAGGAAACGACGAAUAAAAAUUAAUACAAAAUAUUGUAUCAGUUUCAUGAACACACAACUCCAUGUACAAUGCCAUUCAACAACACUUGAAAGUAAACAAUAAAACAAUCUAUUCUAGGUUAAGGAUAUGAAAGCACUGGAAGGUGUUGUAAUUUAAUGUUACCCAUAAAACACCAGGGAAUCAGUAGUAAGUGACAGAUAAUUGUUUUAGGAGCUGUAAUUGUAUGUCAUGCCCUCAUACAUAAUAAUAAUUUCAAAGCACUAUAUCUUUUUCUUCGAUAACAGGGGUGAUAACACAUUAAGAUUGAUCAUUGUUCGCUAGAGAAAGUUUGUUUGUUUGUUUUAACAUGAUGUAAUGAUUAUGUGAAUUCUAGAUUUGUUAUGGAAGUUUAGGCCUCUGUGGAAUCUAAAAGCUGUCUGUAGCUCACAGGAAACUAAUAAAACAUAAAAAUACCAGAUAGAGAGUUAAUUAGUUUGUUUAUCAGCAGUCACGUAGUACAUUUGAUUAUGUGAAUUUCAGAAUUGUUAUGGAAGUUUAGGCCUCUGUGGAAUCUAAAAGCUGUCUGUAGCUCACAGGAAACUAAUAAAACAUAAAAAUACCAGAUAGAGAGUUAAUUAGUUUGUUUAUCAUCAGUCACGUAGUACAUUUGAUUAUGUGAAUUUCAGAAUUGUUAUGGAAGUUUAGGCCUAUGUGGAAUCUAAAAGCUGUCUGUAGCUCACAGGAAACUAAUAAAACAUAAAAAUACCA